GGCCGGUCGGGGCCGGAGCGGCGCCCCCUGAAGCCUGCGCCGGGAGCAUGGGCGCCGGCAGCCCCCGAAGCGCUCCUCCGCGGGGCCCCGGGCGUCCCGGGCGUCCCGGGCUCGGCUGCCUCUGGGUGGCCCUGCUCGUGUUGAAGACUGUGCGAGGGAGCGGGGACGCCGAGCCCCCUGACCCUGUCUACCUGCCGGCCACUCUGGAGCUCUUGGGCGUCCCGGAGUACUUCCGCCUCCAGCAGAUCGGGCGCUACCCUCCCGCCAACUCCUCGCUGGGCUCCCGUUCCGAGAGCUUCCUGCUCCUGCACCCUUGGCCUGGGGUCCAGCCCCUCGUCCGGGCAUCCUACCCGCCCUUCGGCACCCAGCAGGCUAUGCCAGCCUGGGCCACGGAGCCCAGAACUCUGCUUGCCACUUGGGACGUUCGGGCCGUGUCGGUGGAGACCGUCCUCACCCCUGUGGAGCCCCAUGCCCGGGUCCUCUUCUACCUCAAAGGGCAGGACUGGCAGCCCAGCCUCCGAAAUCUGCCCUGUGCCCGGCUUCAUGCCAUCCAUCCCCUGGGCACCAUACACCGGGCUUGCCGCUUCCAACCAUCCCUGGGGGCGUGUGUCGUGGAGAUGGAGUUCCCGCGGCGCUGGUUCUCGAGCACCGCCACCACCAAGGCCGAACUGGCCUAUACUUUGGAGCUGGGGGCCGAGGAGCCUGGGCAGUGCGCCCCGGCGGGGGAGGGGACCCCCCCGGCCCGCCUCCUGCCCGUGGGCUGGGUGGAGAUCCAGCAGGCCGAGCCCCCUCGCCAGCAAGAGGUGCCCCUGGACGCCGCCGUGCGCCUCCGAGUGUCCGAUGCUGCCGUCAGGGCCGGGCAGCCCUUCAACGCCACCAUCCUUCUGAGGAACAACUUCACCGAUGGCUCCUUAACGCUCUGGAUCAAGGUGAAGAAGGGGCUGCAGGUGACGGCCGCCCGCCCCGCCCACCCCUCCCUGUGGACCGCCAAGCUGGAAAAACUCAAGGGCUCCAAGCAUCCCACCCUGCUCGUCACCUGCCAGCGCACGGGGCCGGGGCUGGACACCAGCCUGCCUGGAUUCUCCGAGUUCCUGUGGGUGGACUUUGUUGUGGAGAACGGCACGGGAGCCACGUCGUCCACCCGUCCGGUCACGUGGCAGCUGGAAUACCCGAGCCAGGUCCCAGAGGCCAAGAAGGAGAAGAUGGUGUGGGAAAUCUUGGUGUCCGAACGGGACGUCCGGGCUCUUGUCCCCAUGGCAAAGACGGAAGAGCUGGUGAACACCUCCCCCCUGACUGGCAUUGCCCAAAGAGUGCCCAUCCGCCUGGUCACCGUCGCCAUGGGGGGAGCUGUGGCGGAGGUCACUGAGCAGGUGGGCUGCGAGUCGGCCAACACGCAAGUCCUGCAGGUAUCGGAGGCCUGUAGCGAGGUGUUUGUGGAAGGCAAGGAGAGCCAGGGGAACCGGGGCGUGCAGGUGGACUUCUGGUGGCGCCGGCUCCGGGCCUCCCUGCGGGUGACCGUGUGGGCCCCGCUGCUGCCGCUGAGGAUCGAGAUGACGGACACCACUCUGGAGCAAGUCCGAGGCUGGAGGGUCCCCGGGACGGCCAGUGGCGCCCCCACCGAGCCCGAGGAAGGAGGCGAGGAGGCGGACCGGCGGGCCCGGGGCUGCCGGCUGCAAUACCAGCGUGCUGGCGUCCGGUUCCUCGUUCCUUUCGUUGCCCAUCCUCAGGAUGGAGGCCGCCAUCUUAUUUAUCUCCUGGGCCCCGAUUGGCUACUGGAUGUGACUCAUCUCGUGGGACCCCAUGCCCGUGUCCAAGACCCCCGCGUGGCCACCCUGGAGGCUGGCAGCGUCCUGGUUGGCCGGGAGCCAGGGGUUACUUCUUUGGAGGUCCGUUCGCCAGUAUCCGACUCCAUCCUGGGAGAGCAGACCCUGUCCGUGACUGAUGAAAAGGUGUCCGUGCUGGAACUUCGGGUGCAGCCGGUGAUGAGCAUCUCGCUGGCCUUGAAUCGGGGCACCGCCCAUCCUGGGGAGAUCACGGCGACAUGCUGGGCACACACAGCUCCACCCGGCUCGAAACAGGCGGUGGCCUUCUCCCUGUGGCUGGCCUUCUCGGACCACACCCUGGCUCCGGCAGAGCUGUUUGACCGCAGGGACUUGGCCCUGUCGGUCUCCACCGAGGAGCCGGGAGCCUUCUCGCCAGCGGUCGCCAGCAGGGAUACGGGGGACUUCUUUGGGGGGCUGGUGAGUGGAGCGGCCGAGGAGGGGACGCCCCUGCAGGUGGGCCUGCACUCCCCGGAGGCCUGCCGCCGGGGCAAGCACCGGCCCCCGCUGGCCUCGGCCACGGCCUGGCUGGGGCCGCCCCCAGCGCCCCCUCAGCAGCACGAGCAGGUUCCCCCAGUGGCCUCGGCUCCCCCGGUCACCCAGAGCCAGGGUGGGGGCGGGAGGCGUCAGGGGCCGGAGGACGAGGGGGGGCUGAGGAGCAAGUUUGAGCGGCCGGAGCACCUGGGGGAGGAGCCGGAGGAGGAGGAGGAGGAGGAGCCGGAGGAGGAGGAGGAGGAGAUGGUGAGGGCCCCUCAGAGGGUGACGGACCUGGAGCUGGGCCUCUACGCCCUGCUCAGCAUCUUCUGCCUGGCCAUCCUCAUUUUCCUUAUCAACGGGGUGGUCUUUGUGCUGCGCUACCAGCGCAAGGAGCCCCCUGACGCCCCGGCCUCCGGGGGCCCCACUUCCCCGCAGCCCCACAACUGGGUCUGGCUGGGGACGGAUCAGGAGGAGCUGAGCCGGCAGCUGGACCGGCGACCCCCCCGGGAGGAGAGGCCCCCGAGCCCAGCCGCCCCCGCCUCGGGGGAGGGGGGCUGCCACUGCGAGGGGGGCGGAGGCGGCGGCGGCAGCCCGGACCCCACUCCACCCCUGGGGGCCACUCUGCCCCGGAAAGAGCCGGGGGGCCGGAGGAAGCGGGUGGAGUUUGUGACCUUUGCCGCGGCGCCCCCGGCCCGGCCCCCCGAGGAGCCUCCGGCUCCGGCCGUCCAGUCUAUUCUGGUGGCCGGGGAAGACGACAUCCGCUGGGUGUGUGAGGACAUGGGCCUGCGGGACCCCGAUGAGCUGAGGAGCUACAUGGAGAGGAUCCGGGGCAGCUCCUGACGCCCCGCCCCCUUCCCGCCCACGGCCUCCUGGGGUCGCGGGGCGGAGUCGGAGAGCGCCCCUCCCCUGCUUCCAUCCCCCCUGGGGGCCGGCCCGAGCCCUCGCGCCCCCGGCCUGCCGCUCCCGCCCCCACCCCCUCCUCCUCCUCGCCGCGGGGCGGGGAAGGGCCGCUGCCCGUUAUUUAUGACAAAUGUUUUAUUCUCGCGUCGGGUACAAAUAAAAGGAGAUGGAGCCCA